AAAACUUGGUUUUUUUUCUCUCUCUCUAUAUUAAAACGUUUGUUUUUUUUAAAUUAUUGUAAAAAGGUUUUACCAGAGGGAGUAAAUUGUCAAUAUGCUAUCUCGGGAGCGUACAAGAGAUCCGUUCUUUAUGGUUUCCCAUUUUUCAUGACCGUAAAACGUCAGCUCUAUAAAAUAAAAAAUUGCUCGCUUGACUUUCUUCACUUGGAUCUCAAUUGCUAUCGUUCGUUUUAUUUAUUAUUUAUUUUCUUUGGCCGUAUGGAUCACGAAUCAGUGGUAGAGUUUCUAGGGAACGUUCCACUGUUGCAGAGACUCCCUAGUUCUUCCCUGAAGAGAAUUGCAGGCGUAGUCGAAGUUAGGCAUUACAAUGAAGGAGAGUAUGUCAUUAGAGAGGGUCAAAUUGCAGACGGUGUGUACUUUAUUUGGGAUGGAAAGGCAGAGGUUUGUGGCUCCACCGACUCAGAGGAGAGAAAUCAUUCCAUGCUCUUCUUGAAACAAUAUGAUUAUUUUGGCCAUGGCUCAGGAGUUGCUGUCCAUCAAGCUGAUGUUAUUGCAUUGACAAAGGUUACUUGCUUAGUAUUGCAUCAUGUAAACAGGGCACUUCUACAACCAAAAUCAAUUUGGAAUGCAGAAGAUUCAUCGGACUCAUGCUCGAUGGUAGAGCAUAUUUUGCAUUUGGAGCCUUUGGAAGUGGACAUGUUUCGUGGAGUUACUCUGCCCGAUGCUCCUAGCUUUGGACAAAUUUUUGGAGGACAAUUUAUUGGACAUGCACUUGCAGCAGCAUCUAAGACAGUGGAUAGCCUAAAGCUUGCACAUAGCUUACAUUGUUACUUCAUUCUUCCUGGGGAUCUAAGCUUGCCAAUCGUAUAUCAGGUUCAUCGCAUACGUGAGGGAAAUAAUUUUGCUACUCGGCGUGUGGAGGCAACACAACGUGGACGCAUUGUAUUCACCUUGUUUGCUUCAUUUCAGAAGUCAGAGCAGGGUUUGGAGCACCAUGAUGUGAUGCCUGCUGUACCUGCCCCAGAAAUGCUUCUAUCAUUGGAUGAGCUGCGGGAAAGAUAUGUCACUGAUCCUCGCUUGCCUUCACAUUAUCGGAAUCGAAUAGCUAGAAAAAAGUUUGUUCCUUGGCCUAUAGAAAUAAAGUUUUGCGAUCCAACCACCAGCUUCGUCAACUAUCCUUCAGAACCAAGCCAAAAGUUCUGGUUCAGAGCUAAAGGCAAACUUUCAGAUGACCCUGCUCUGCAUAGAUGUGUAGUAGCAUAUACUUCAGACCUUAUAUUUCUUGGGACUAGCUUGAAGCCACAUCAAAGGAAGGGCGUGAAGAUGUCAUCACUCAGUCUCGAUCACUCGUUGUGGUUUCAUAAACCCUUCAAAGCAGAUGAUUGGCUAUUAUUUGUGAUGGAAAGCCCUGUUGCAAGUAAUGGUCGUGGGUUUGUUGUUGGUCGGAUGUUUAACAGGAAUGGAGAGCUUGUCAUUUCAGCAAGUCAAGAAGGCAUCUUUAGAAGGGCUAAUCAAAGUACUCCAGAUCCAAAAUCAAAACUAUAAGCUUGGUGGGUUUUAUGGAGCCGAGUUCUUACGCUGUUGCAAUAUAUGAAUUUUUCAUAUGAACGAUGGGUCUCUUAUUUUUCUUAAGAGGAAGUAAGAGUCCCUUCUUAGUUUUUCAUGAUCGUGCAAUUAUAAGUUCAGGAUCUCUCUCUCUCUCACACACACACACACAAACUAUCGUUAAUCGCAGCAUGUAGACACUCCUAUGAAUAACAGAUGGAGCUUCUAUGCCUGUUGGAAGGGACUGCAGCGAGAGGGUCAGCUGAAAUUCUUUAAUGACUUAUUGAUUGUUUUGGAAGAAAUCCUCGACUUACCAUGGAUGUCUUGAUUUUAUGUGGCAUUCCUGUCACACCAAGAAAGUAAAGCAUAUUAAAUGCUUGAGAUCA